AUGAGUCGUGUAAGUCAAGCUCAGAUGAAGAAAUUGCUGGAUCUUCUGAGUGAAAAUGGUGUAUUAGUUGAUGGCAGGGUGAUGUAUACUAAAACUAAUAAGCAAAACUUUUGGAAGCGCAUCGCUGUACAGCUGAACGCGGUUGAGGGAGGAGUUUAUAAGAACACCUGGAAAUGGGCAAAAAUGUGGGCAGACUGGAAGAACAAGACAAAGAAGAAGGCAAAUAUAUUGCUGAACAGAAAAAACCACCACACAGACCAACCAACACCUUCUCUAACAAAUUUAGAGCUGAGACUCCUCAAGAUGAUCAACUUCCCUCUUGAAGAUAAGAAUGAUGCCAUCACUUUGGAAAUGGUUGUAAGCAAAGAAGGAUCAGAGCCAACAGAAGAAUUUCAAGCAGAAUUCUUAAAGCAGGACUAUGGCGAUGGAGACAUGUACAAGGAUAAAUCUAACACAGAGGAUGAUGUAGAUGACGAGAAGACAUUGGACUGUUUUAGUGGAGUAGAAAGCAAAUUCUGCGAUGUUGGUGAUAUUUUAGAAGAUGACAAGUUAGAAGAAGAAGAUCCAGGUGAAGAUUCAUCAGAUUUUGAAGAGAAGCUUAAAUAUCAAGAAAAGAAAUUCAAAAAGAGGAAGAUGUCAUUAGAAGAAUAUAAAGUAAGAACAACAUUAAAAAUAGAAAAGGAGAGAGUUCAUCAGAAGGGUGAAGAGUUAAGACUGAGAGCGCUGGAACUGAAGCUAAAAGGAGAAGAAUUAAGACUGAAAGAAAUUGAAAUGAAUAAAAUCAACUAUUUGACUAGUAUCGAGGAAGAGAAGCUGAAAUGUUUUCAAGAAAUAUGCCUAUCUUUGAAAGAGCUUUUAGAAAGAACGAGAAGUGGCACAUUUCGUUAUCACAAUGCGCUGUAA